UAUAUGUCGCUGUUUGUAUAAUUUUCAAUACGUACAAGAACUAAAAUAUAUUAUUGGAUAGUAUUUUUUAUAAUAAACUCAUCUGUUGCUAUACUUUAUUUAAAUCUACAAAGAAAAUUUGACUCGUACGGAUAUCAUGUCGAUACCUACCAGGGAACUUAGGACGGCGUCGUCGUCUCGAAUUAAUCGCUUGCACUAAGCUGGACGGCCGCCCGCUGUGAUCCAGCGAACAACCAGGACGGCCGGUCAUGGCGGCAGGGACGAUGAUGCGGGUGACAAUGGAGGUGGGCACAGACGGGGUGGCGCUCAUCACCAUGUGCAACCCGCCAGUGAACGCCCUGCACCCCGCCAUCUUCGCUGGACUCUGGGAGAACUACGGCGAGGCCAUGGCCCGUGACGACGUCAAGGCCAUCGUGCUCAAAGGUGCUCGAGGGAAAUUCUGUGGAGGUUUCGACAUCAAUACGUUCUCACAAAUUCAUCGGACCGGAGACAUGUCGCUUCUGCCAGACUCUGUUAAGUUUGCGUCUUAUAUGAUGGAAGAGGGCAAAAAGCCUUCCGUUGCAGCCAUUCAAGGCCUUGCUCUGGGUGGUGGACUAGAGUUGACGAUGGCUUGUCAUGCUCGAAUAUCUACCCCUGAAGCUCAACUUGGAUUACCAGAGUUAACUCUUGGCAUAAUUCCUGGAUCUGGGGGAACCCAGCGUCUACCGAGGCUUGUAGGUCUGCCCAAAGCAAUACAAAUGAUGCUGCAAUCAAAGUUCAUUAUGGGGGACGAAGGAAAAGAACAAGGUCUUAUUGAUGCCCUUUGCUCCCCUGAUGAAUUGAUAAAGAUGUCACGCCAUUGUGCCCUGGAAAUUGCUAAUGGUGGUAGACCGUGGGUAAAACCACUCAGCAGAACAGAUAAGCUUGGCUCACCAUCUGAAGCUCAUGCUGCAUUAAGUAUGGCAAGACAGCAGGUGAAGAAGAUUGCAAGAAACAUGCCGCAGUAUCAAGCCUGCCUUGAUGUAAUUGAAGAAGGUGUGCUAUUUGGAGGCCAUUCAGGUGUUUUAAAGGAAUAUAAGGUUUUCAAGGAGUUAGUGCCAUCACCAACAGCAAGGGCACUUGUUCAUAUCUUCUUGGCACAGCGUUUGAGCACAAAGGUGCCAGGUGUCACUGAUGUUCACCUAAAACCUAGGCAAAUUAGAAAAGUUGGCAUUAUUGGUGGUGGUUUGAUGGGCUCUGGAAUUGCAACUGCACUUCUUGUUAGCAACAUAUCUGUUGUGCUCAAGGAAGUAAACCCUCAGGUUCUGCAAAGGGGACAAAAAACGAUAGCAGCUAAUCUUGAGGACCUGGUCAAAAGGGGCUCACUUGCAAAGGACAGGAUAAAUAAGGUCAUGUCACUUCUGAAAGGCACUCUUGAUUAUUCGGAUUUUAAGGAUGUCGAUAUGGCUAUUGAGGCCGUUAUAGAGGACAUUCCUUUGAAGCAAUCAACAUUUUCUGACAUUGAGAAGUUCUGCCCACCACAUUGCAUACUUGCAACAAACACAUCUACCAUCAGUUUGAAUGUUAUUGGCAAGAGGACAAAUUCUCAAGAUAGAAUUGUAGGGGCACAUUUUUUCAGUCCUGCCCAUAUUAUGCCCUUACUUGAAAUUGUCCGGACCGAGAAUACAUCAGCACAAGCUAUCCUUGAUCUUAUUACAGUUGGGAAGAUAGUAAAGAAAGUCCCUGUUGUGGUUGGCAACUGCACAGGAUUUGCAGUUGAGCGUGCAUUUUUUCCUUACCGGCAAGGCUCUAUGUUUCUAGUUGGCCUUGGCGUUGAUGUUUUCAGAAUUGAUCGAGUAAUAAGAAACUUUGGCAUGCCAAUUGGACCUUUCCAAUUACAAGAUGUGUCUGGAUAUGGAGUGGGCUUGACAGUAAAGGACAUCUACGCAGCUGCCUUUGGAGAACGAAAUUUCAGCUCUGAGUUGAUGGAUUUGAUGGUACAGAAUGGGCGGCAUGGAAAGAGUAAUGGCAAAGGCUAUUACAUUUAUAUGAAGGGUGAGAAGCCAAAGCCUGACCCUAGUGUUCAGCAUGUGAUUGAGGAGUACCGAAAAUGUGUGAAGAUAAUGCCUGGUGGACAGCCUGUGACAUUAACAGAUCAAGACAUAUUGGAGAUGAUUUUCUUCCCAGUUGUGAAUGAGGCAUGUAGGGUUAUGGAUGAAAAUGUUGUGAUUCGGGCUUCUGAUCUUGAUAUUGCAUCUGUCCUUGGAAUGGGUUUUCCCAAGUACAGGGGUGGCCUCGUUUUCUGGGCUGACACUGUUGGGGCACCUUAUAUACAUUCAAAGCUAAGCAAGUGGGCUGAAACUUAUGGUCCCUUCUUCAGACCUUCGUCAUAUCUGGAACAAAGAGCUAAAAGCUGCCUUCCACUGAGUGCACCAAGCUCAUCUCAGCAAGCUUCGUUGAGGUCACACAUGUGAUGUGCUAUUUCAGCGGUUACCAGGGUGAUGGCUCGAUGCUUGUGUACUCGAAAGUUGGUUGGCAUUGGUACAGGAAAAUGCCAUAUUUUUCUCUUGUUCUGAUAAUUGGGCCCGCCAUGACAAUCUGGGAGAAUAAAUGGCUAGCAUCCUUUUGCAGUUUUGCUGGUAUAAUUUUGAUUUUUAAUUUGUAUUUAAUCUGCUUUAAAUUAUAAGACCUUUUAAUUUUUUUUUCUAGAUACAUCAUUUUUAUUUUAUCUCAAAAAGUGAAAGGGCUCUAACUAAAUUGGUUAGAUGAUAUGAGUACCACUCUUUAGAUGGUCUAUAAGGGACAAAUUCUCAUUGCACGGGGAACAA